AUGGAUCAAGAUGUGGAGUUUAAAAUUACCGAUCAAAAUGAUAUUCAAGUAAUAAUUAGUGUAAUUCAUCAAAUAAGUUGGAAAUCAGCACUACCUCAUUUACCAACUGAAAUUUCAUUAUCACAAACUAACUUUUCAAAUUCAUCAAUUCAUUAUUUUAAAUCAAAUGUUAGAAUACGACGUGGGAUAUAUUUUGUUAAAGUAAAAUAUAAUAAUCAAGAUAAGUUUGAACAAUUUGGGGUAUUAUUUCCUUUGGUGGGUGACCAAGUCGGAUUGUUUAAAGUUGAUCAAGAAAUAAAUGCUUGUGAAAAUGAUGAUGAGAUGUUAAACAUUACAAACUUUGGAGAGUUGAGUAAAAUUACCAAAAAAUUAGAACUACAACCUCAAAAUGAAGUACCUGAAUUUCAAUUUUCAAUGAAACCACCAAGUAAAAUAAAUAAAGAAGAAUUUCAAGAUCCUAUAACUUUCUUAAAAAAUAGAUAUUAUCAAUCAUUAUAUUCAUUAAAUGAACCAUUAGUUUAUUUUCCGAAAACUUCAAUUCCAAGAUUUAAAAAUUUAUGUAAAUCAAAGUCUCAAAUUAGUGAAAUUUUGAGUAGUAUUAUUUUAAAUAUUGAUAAUUUUGAUUCAAGAUAUGGACCUGAUGUAUUAAUUAACUCAAACAUAUGCGAAUAUGAAAUGAAUCAUAGAUCAAAUUUCAUGGUGAAAAAUGGGAUACGAGUGACUGAGGAAAAGAUUGAAGGUAUAACUACAGAUCAAGUGCAAAAUUAUAUAUUGGAUUUGAAAAUUAGAGAAGCUCAAUUACAAAUAAUAUUAAUUUUUGAAUUCUUGUUAAACUUUCAGAUUGAUGAAGAAGAAUUUUUAAAAGUAAAUUCAAAAAGGCAAGAGUCAAUGAUGAAAAAAACUCAAGAGAAUCAAAAACCAAGUUUAGUGAGAUCAAAGAGGAAAAAAACAAUAAGAUCAUUAUCACCUGAAGUGCGUUUAGCGGAUCCCGAUUUUGUAACAUACAGUUACUUGAAUAAAUUAAUCGAUAGAUUGAAUUUAUGGGAUGUUUUAACAACUAAAAAAGAUAAAGAUUCAAAAAAUAUACUACAACAUGUUUUAAUUUUAUAUUAUCAUAAGAAUCUUCCUCAACUUACUAAAUUUGUGAUAGAUAACAUGAAAGGAAUCAAUAUGAAAUUAACUACAUCCAAAAAGAAAUCUAAAGUUGAUGUACCACUGAAAAAAAUUGAAAGGCCAAAAUUAGUCAAAAAUGACAACUCAGAUUUGAUAAAGGACAUUUCUAUAGCUUCACUAAAAAGAUCAAAAUCAAAUUUAGGACAAUCAAAAGAUUUAGAUAAAAGACAAAUUAAUCUUGAAUUAAAACCAAUAAAAAAAUCAUCAUCAACUAUUGAAGAGUCUUCUUCAUUAAUAUUUAGUAAAGCAAAAAGAAAUAAAACUAUAUCUGCAACUGCUGGUCCAUCAACUACUUUCACUCAAUCAUUUUCACAAAUUCAAGCUACUCCUGCAAAACAAAGAAUUAUUGAUUUAAAUUUAGAAACUGAAAUUUUCACUCCUCAAAAUAAUCAUGUCCUGAAAGAUACUGGUUUUGUAAAGCCAAAAAAUAAAUUAAUGACUGCAAAAUUACAACAAAUUGCUCAAUGUGAGGAAUCUGAGUUUGAAAUUAAUAGCUCACCACAAAAGGCAGUACCUGCGACACCUCAACACAAUAGGAGAAAUGGUCCGCAAGUUUCUCCGAUAGUAACAGCAACUCCUCAAUCGAAAAUAAUUGAAGCUACACCAAGAAAACGAUCAAUUGAUGAAACUCCCAAUAUACCUAAAUCAACACCAAGAACAAAACCAGGUGAUCCAAUACCAUUAUCUAAUUCACCAAUAUACAAUCCUGCAUAUUCACAAACACUUUUUAAUGAUAAUGAAACUAAUGAUUAUGAUUACGAUUCUGAUGAAAUUUUUAAUCCUACAAAUAAAUCUACAUAUUUUAAAAAAUAA